UUUACCCGUCGCCUUAAAACGAUGCCUCGCGCUCUCACGUGAACUCUCUCUGCCUCGUCAGGGCCACCAACGGGCGAGCAUUUCCAUCUUCAUUCCCCUUCCUCUUCCCUUCAGUUCAGUAGCUAGUUCACUUUGCUUCUUCUCAACCACCACCGUACGUGCUCGGCGAUCAAUGGAGUGGGCAGCCGAGCAGCAGGAUGUCGGGGACCUCGGGCUCGCCGGCAUCUGCUGCGAGACCUGCCGUGUGAUCCACCGCUCCAUCCUCCCCUACGGGCCGGCCGUCCUGGAAGCCGUGCUGCUCUCUGCGCUUUUGCUCGAGCACGUCGCCGCCUUCCGCGGCCUCAGCUCCCUCCUCGAGGCCGACGACGGUUCCGACCUCAUCCGUUUCGUCGCCGUGCGGGGCGCCUUCUUACUCUUCGAGGGCCUCUCCAUGAUCCUCGUCGUCUUCUUCUCCCUCCUCUGCACCGGCGUCUACGUAUUCCUUAUCGCCUCCCUCUACUGUACCCAGGGCGACCUCCCCGCUUCCUGGAGCCUCCAGCGGCACCUCCCCCGUUUCCCCCUCACGCGGCUCGUCUCUACCUUCAUCCUAGCACUCGCACUCGCCUUCGUCAUAUUCUUCGUCUUCCUCGCCGCCUUGCUCCUGCUCCACUACGAGGCCGGCCUACCGCUGCAGCUGCUGGGCGUGGCCGCCUGCCUUGCCGGGGCGGCCUACGUCGCCCCAGUUUUCCACCUUGCCUGCGUCGCGUCGGUGCUCGAGGACGCCGUCGAAUUUGCCGCUCUGCGCAAGAGCCGUGCGCUACUCGCCGGCAAGUUCUGGCCCGCGGCGGCCGUCUUCCUCACGCUCGACGGCUGCUUCCUCGCCCUGCAGCUGGCCUUCGCGCGGCUGGUGCUAGACGACGCGCUGGGCCUCGGCCUCGGGUUCCAGCUGGCCACGGGAGUGGCGACGUUCGUGGCUCUGUGGGCGGUGGUGCUGCUGACGCUGGCGGCGCAGCCGGUGAUCUACAUGGUGUUUAAGAACCACCACCACGAGGUGGUCGACAAGGUCCACCUCGACUACAUCGGAGAGUAUGAGCGGCUCGCCGUCGACGGCGACAACGGCGUGGAGCUGCAGCCGGUGGCGACGGAGCAGAUCCCUGAAACUACUGCCUAGCUAGCCGCGUCCUGCAUGUCGACGACUCCACCACGGUAGUACUACGAACUAAGCUUUCUCUCUACUAGUACUGUAGUACGUACCUAGCUAGCUCCAAGAUGAUUUGAGACGAUUCAUAAGAUGUUGUCUGAUGAUCCGCUUGUCAGUGCACCAAGACAUGCAUGCCUGGCAGUUGGGAUUAUAUAAGAGGUAAAUAUACCCGAAGUCAUAGAACUUGCACGCGAUGGUCAGUUUGGUACACAAACUUGCAAAAUACGUGUUUCUGGUCAUCAAACUUGCACGAGCAUUCAUAUAUGGUCACAUUUCAUGUACACGAACGUAUCCAUGGCCUAUGUGGCAUUCUAGUGUGGCCAGGGCCCACUGUCAUCCGCUGUAGCAUCUAAAUCUGCAGAGAAGCCUUUGCCUUUUUUUUA